GCCUGCGAGCCGUGUGUGCAUCUAAUGCAGCCCUGGUCCCUGCCUGUCCGCCGCACCUGCUUCCUAGGGAAAGGCUGCGAACAGCGGCGACUGCAAGAAAAUAACUUUCGACCCCGGUUGUCCUCUCUGCAAGAGAGGCUGGGACGGGGUCAGAUGCUGUGGAGCGUCCCCUUCCCAGCACAGGACUCGAGGCUGCUCUCUGCCUUUGUGUGUUUAACGCCGGCACUGGCUUGGGGCAACCCGUUCGGUUUCCUGCUUCCUUGUCGGAUUGUUACUGUCUGAGCCACGGGGGAGAGGCUUUGGCUCCCAGGGUAGGAUGGUGGAUCUGGAGAGUGAGGUGCCUCCUCUUCCUCCCAGGUACAGGUUUCGGGAUUUGCUGCUGGGAGACCAAGGAUGGCAGAACGACGACAGGGUACAAGUUGAAUUUUAUAUGAAUGAAAAUACAUUUAAAGAGAGACUGAAGCUAUUUUUCAUCAAAAAUCAAAGAUCAAGUCUCAGAAUACGAUUGUUCAAUUUUUCUCUCAAGUUAUUAAGCUGUUUGUUAUAUAUAAUUCGAGUGCUACUGGAUGAUCCUACACAAGGACAUGGAUGCAAGGAAUUAAACAGGGGCUGUUCCAGUCAAAACUACACACCUGCAAAGAUUGAUUGGUCUCCUAUUAUUUGGGUGAACAGAAGCUUGCCUUUAUGGGGAUUACAGGUUUCAGUGGCUUUGAUAAGUCUGUUUGAAACAAUGCUGCUGGGUUAUCUGAGCUACAAGGGAAACAUCUGGGAACAAGUUUUGCGAAUACCCUUCCUCCUGGAAAUAAUCAACGCUGUCCCCUUUAUCAUUACAAUUUUCUGGCCUGCACUAAGAAACCUAUUUAUUCCAGUAUUUUUAAAUUGCUGGCUUGCCAAACAUGCUUUGGAGAACAUGAUUAAUGAUCUCCAUAGAGCCAUUCAACGUACACAGUCUGCAAUGUUUAACCAAGUUCUUAUUUUAAUAUCCACAUUGCUGUGUCUUAUCUUCACCUGUAUUUGCGGAAUUCAGCAUCUGGAGCGAGCAGGAAACAAGUUGACUCUCUUUGACUCCCUUUAUUUCUGCAUAGUGACAUUUUCCACUGUGGGCUUUGGGGAUGUUACACCCAAGAUCUGGCCUUCAAAACUGCUGGUUGUCAUUAUGAUCUGUGUUGCCCUUGUGGUGUUGCCCAUACAGUUUGAACAGCUGGCUUAUUUGUGGAUGGAGAGACAGAAGUCUGGGGGCAACUACAGUCGACACAGAGCUCAGACAGAGAAGCAUGUGGUACUGUGUGUCAGCUCCCUGAAAAUUGACUUGCUUAUGGAUUUCUUAAAUGAGUUCUAUGCUCAUCCCAGACUGCAGGACUAUUAUGUGGUUAUUUUGUGUCCUACUGAGAUGGAUGCUCAAGUGAGAAGAGUGUUGCAAAUUCCAAUGUGGUCUCAAAGAGUUAUCUAUCUGCAAGGCUCAGUACUGAAAGAUCAGGAUCUGUUGAGAGCUAAAAUGGAUGAUGCUGAGGCCUGUUUCAUUCUGAGUAGCCGGUGCGAGGUGGACAGGACAGCAGCGGAUCAUCAAACCAUUUUAAGAGCCUGGGCAGUUAAAGACUUUGCUCCAAAAUGUCCUUUAUAUGUACAAAUAUUAAAACCCGAAAAUAAAUUCCACAUCAAGUUUGCAGAUCACGUUGUAUGCGAAGAGGAGUUCAAAUAUGCUAUGCUAGCUUUAAACUGUAUCUGCCCAGCUACUUCUACGCUAAUCACCCUGCUGGUUCAUACCUCUAGAGGACAAACAGCACCUUGGGAAGCUUUUAGACAUCUAACUGGAACCAAGCAGACUUUAACCAGGGAGGGUCAACAAUCACCAGAACAGUGGCAGAAAAUGUACGGCCGAUGCUCUGGUAAUGAAGUGUAUCACAUUAAUCUGGAGGACAGUACGUUUUUUGCUGAAUAUGAGGGAAAGAGCUUUACAUAUGCUUCUUUCCAUGCACAUAAAAAGUUUGGAGUCUGUUUGAUUGGUGUUAGGAGGGAAGAUAACAAAAACAUUUUGCUGAAUCCAGGCCCUCGAUAUAUUAUGAGUGCUACAGAUAUAUGUUUUUAUAUCAACAUCACCAAAGAAGAAAAUUCAGCUUUUAAAAAGCAAGAACAGCAUAGAAAAAAUAAUGAAUCCAAGUCAUACUAUCAUGGACCUUCUAGGUUGCCCUUGCACAGUGUAAUUGCCAGUAUGGGGACCGUUGCUAUAGAUUUACAAGAUACAGGAUGUAGAUCUUCCAGUGGACCUACCCUAACCCUUCCUUCAGAGGGAAGUAAAAAUGGCAGAAGAUCUAGCAUAGCACCUGUUUUGGAGGUUGCAGACUCCUCAUCACUUCAAGCGUGUGAUCUUCUAAGUGACCAGUCAGAAGAUGAAACUACUCCAUCAGAUGACGACAUUUCUACAGGUUUAGAGUAUGCUAAAGGUUAUCCGCCUUACUCUCCGUAUAUUGGAAGUUCUCCCACAUUUUGCCAUCUGCUGCAUGAAAAAGUGCCAUUUUGUUGUUUAAGACUGGACAAGGGGUGCCAACAUAACUACUGUGAAGAUGCCAAAGCCUAUGGAUUCAAAAAUAAAUUGAUUAUAGUUGCAGCAGAGACAGCUGGAAAUGGCUUAUACAACUUUAUUGUUCCACUCAGAGCUUAUUACAGACCAAAGAAAGAACUCAACCCUAUAGUAUUACUUCUGGAUAACCCGCCAGAUAUGCAUUUUCUGGAUGCAAUCUGUUGGUUUCCAGUGGUUUACUACAUGGUUGGCUCUAUUGACAACCUAGAUGAUUUGCUAAGAUGUGGGGUGACCUUCGCUGCCAACAUGGUGGUUGUGGACAAGGAAAGUACUAUGAGUGCUGAGGAAGACUAUAUGGCAGAUGCCAAGACUAUUGUAAAUGUACAAACGCUCUUUAGGUUGUUUUCAAGUCUAAGCAUAAUCACAGAGCUAACUCACCCAGCCAAUAUGAGAUUCAUGCAGUUCAGAGCCAAAGACUGCUACUCUCUUGCGCUAUCAAAACUGGAAAAGAAAGAACGGGAGAAGGGUUCUAAUCUGGCAUUUAUGUUUCGACUGCCUUUUGCUGCUGGAAGGGUUUUCAGCAUUAGUAUGUUGGACACCCUGCUGUACCAGUCAUUUGUGAAGGAUUAUAUGAUCUCUAUCACAAGACUUCUCCUGGGACUAGAUACCACACCAGGAUCUGGGUUUCUUUGUUCAAUGAAAAUCACAGAAGAUGACCUAUGGAUUAGAACAUAUGCCAGACUAUAUCAGAAACUUUGUUCUUCAACAGGAGAUAUUCCUAUUGGAAUCUAUAGAACUGAAUCCCAAAAACUUACAACAUCUGAGUCACGAGAAACGGCCUCACAAUCUCAGAUUUCUAUUAGCGUCGAAGAAUGGGAAGACACCAAAGACACCAAAGAACAAAUAAACAACCGCAAUAACCAUCGUAACUCCACAUCCAGCGAUCAGUCAGAUCAUCCCUUGUUACGACGGAAGAGCAUGCAGUGGGCCCGACGGCUGAGCAGAAAAGUGCCAAAGCAUUCCGGCAAAACAGCAGAGAAAAUAAGUCAGCAGCGGAUGAGCCUUUACAAGAGGUCUGAAAGACAGGAACUUGCUGAACUUGUGAAGAACAGAAUGAAGCACUUGGGACUUUCCACAGCAGGAUAUGAUGAAAUGAAUGAUCAUCAAAACACACUGUCUUACAUCCUGAUCAAUCCUUCUCCAGAUACAAGACUAGAGCUGAAUGAUGUUGUUUACUUGAUCCGACCUGAUCCAUUGGCAUACGUUCCAAAUACCAUAUCCAGCCGAAAAAAUAGCUUCUGCAAUACCAUUGGACAAGACGCCAGGGAGGAAACACAACUUUGAUAUAUUAUUCUGCUCAAUGAUCAGAGACCAUUUUUAUAUUGUUUCCAGUAACCACUUUGAAAUCUAAUCAAAAUGGAAUGUUUAUAUUUUGUUCAGAUCUUCUUGCACCAGAGAGAAUCCUAUCUGAUAAGUGGGCAAGAAUUCUAAACGAAAGUGAUUGCCAUGUCUGUAGCCUAUUCCAGUAAUUUUGGAAAUGGAACUUUGUCACACAUUAUUGGAGUGAUUAUGAAAAGCUAUAUUACAUUUUAACAAUCUAAUUGGAACAAAUUCCAUCAGCAUAAAUUUAAUUGCUGCUUCUAAAUGUUAUGUUUAUCAAAGAGAUAGUGAAUCACUAACUAAACCUCUGACCCAUAACUUGAAAGAAUAUCAAUGUGCAACACAUAUAAAAUGCCUACACACACACUGGUACACAUACAGUGGCAUAUUUUAGUAGUAAUAAAUAUUGCUGUUAAGGUAGCUCUCAAAUGCCCCCAUCAAGAUCAUGUACAAGAAUCACAGUCCAUGAAAUCAUUUUCCGGUUUGUCUCUUUGCCCACUUAUAUUAGAACAGACCAAUUUUAUAUUCCCAAUGUGGCCAUCUAGAAUGUAUUUGAUUAUUAGUUCUGCUGAGUUUAUACAGAGAUCAGUUUGCAUAGGGCAUACAAAGUGAACCCUUCAAGGUCUAUUCUAAGGGAUUUUCAAGGGAUAAAUCCUGGCAGGUACAUGUGGAUGUUUUGGUUUUACAGAACCUCUCUCUCUCUCUCUCUCUCUCUCUCUCUCUCUCACACACACACACACACACGCCCUUAAAAAUGGAGGAAGUUUUAAAAGAGUAAUGGGUGUCAGAAUCCUCCCCUAGAGACAAGAAUAGUGUUAUUCCCUCAUCAUUGUGAAGAAAAUCUUCCAGAUGAAGUACCAACUGGUAAGAUGCUGCCUGCCUGACUAUCCAGACAUAUCUGAAUGAUAGCUGAGGUGCAAAUGGCCAUGUUCAUCUUAAUGGGUUGUUAACCUGAAAUCUCAAGAAUUAAAUGAAGGGCAUAUCACUUUCAUAUCUGGCUAAUGCACAUCUCAGACCUAAAUGCCUCCUACAUCUAUGCAGAUGGAAAGAGCCCCAAAUGUCCACUCUAGUAUCCAAUUGCCAAUUCCUCCAGUUUUCCCUAAAAACUUCUGAUCCAGUUGUGAAUUUUCAAUAUAAAAUUAUGCAGCUUGAAAAUUAAAGAGCAUUUGAGACAAUGCAAUAUAAAAAAUGGAACAUCUGAUUAACUGAGAUAGGACACCGAACUAAAUACAUAGUUUCGUUUCAUAUUUAAUACAAGAAAAUCCCUCAAAAUUGUGUUAACUAAGUGUAGCUGCUUCAUAAUCUCCAGUCUGCAGAGAAUGCAAGUACUUAUUCCAAAAGUUGUGUUACCAUGGAGUACACAGGGUCUUGCAUAUGGUCUUCCAAUGUUGCAUGCUUGCGCCUCUGCCUCUUAAAUGAAGGGAAGAUUGUGCAUGAACAAUAAACAAUCUAGGUAUUUGCAAAAGAAGUACCACCUUUAAUAAUCCAUAUAAAACUGUUACAAGAUAAUUCUACAGGCUAGCCAUAUGAUUGAAUGGCAAUGCUGAUUGUUCUUUGAACUCCUUGAUAACCCUACAUGUACAGAAGUUAUUAAAUAGUCUGCAAGAACAUUUAACUACUUGUUUACAUUAUAUUUUCUAUAUCUGGAACAGCAGCUAUAUGGUGGUAUAUGUCCUGAAAAAUAAAAAUGCCAAAAUUGAUCAAUGA